AUGGUUGCUCCUGGAACGUCUGUAAACUGUGUUCCUUGCCAGGAAAAUUCUACAGAUAAUGCACAACCUGCAGGUGCUGCUCAGCCCGAAAAGCCAGAUCUCCUGGACCCUUCUACCUUCGUUGCACCUGCUCCUCUACCAGGGCCGAGCAUUGUCAUCGAGUUCUGUGAUAGGUGCCGCUGGUUACACCGAGCAACUUGGGUCUCCACCGAGCUGUUUCUGACGUUCCCACCGCCGGCUCUGAAAUCCGUCACAUUGAUGCCUAUGAAUGCGGAUGAAACUGCGGGACGUUUCCGGGUGUGGCUGUUUUUGGACGACCAGCCUCCCCAUCUGAUGUGGGACCGCAAAGUGGAGAGUGGUUUCCCAGAGUUGAAGGCGCUAAAACAGCGCAUUAGGGAUCAUAUUCAGCCCGGAAAAUCCUUGGGUCAUUCCGACAAGAAAUGA